UAAUAGGAGUGACUGCACCCCUAACUCUGGCUGCGCUGCGGACGUUUUUCUCGCCUCAAGAUGGAAGACCGAGACGCCGAGAGAGGAUUGCUUGGCUCCGGACAGGAGCCUCGUCAGCAGACCAUCCCGAGAGAGAUGGACAACCACCUCCCGGGCCUGGAGACUAGUACACCGUGUACAAUAGCCCCGUUCGGUAUUCCGCUCUACACGUACCGAGAGAUCCCGCCUUUUCUGAAGGGAAAUCCCUACAUCACGGAUGGCUACAGAGCCCACCUCUCCCCUGAACUCUGUGCUAAGAGCACCUUCAUCUGGUCGAACGAGACAAUAAACAUCUGGUCCCACCUCCUGGGGUUGGUCUACUUCGCCAUGCUACUCAUGGACGACGUGUUCGGGUUAUUGCCUCAGAACAACGCUCAGUUUGGAGACUAUUUCACUUUCACCAUCCUCAGCCUCUGCUUUCAGAUCUGCAUGCUGUGCAGUGCAGGAUACCACAUGUUCAUGUGUCAGUCAGAGUUGGCCAGUCGUCGAUGGCUGGGACUAGACCUGGCAGGAGUCUCCCUGGGGUUCUGCGGCUGCUACUUCCCUGGCUCUUACUAUGCCUUCUACUGUGACAAGUUCUGGCAGGUGCUCUACAUGACUCUGAUGUGUUUCCUGGCACUCUGCAGCAUAUUCGCACAGGCCCAUUCAAAGUUCCUGUCAGAGCACUGUCACUUCCGACGGGUCAUGCUGUACACUCUGAUCAUGUUUGGGGGUGUGGUCCCAGUCUCACACUGGUUCGUCAGUCACAACGGUUUCAACCACCCUCUAGUGCAGAUAUUGCUGCCUAAGAUUGUGGUGAUGUACGUCAUCACUAUUGCUGGAGGGACAUUCUACCUCUCCAAGUUCCCCGAGAAGUUCUUUCCUGGCAAGCUGAACUACCUUGGUUCCAGUCAUCAGUGGUGGCAUCUCAUGGUCGUCCUGGCCUUUGCCUGGACCCACCACAUGACCACUCUGGUCUUUCUCUACUGGUCUUCGCACCCCUGCCCUGCCACUCUGGUACCACUUGAAGACAGCACUAGUCGGCUACUCACUGUGGCACUGACUGACAGCGCCUGAUCACAUGAACUAGGUUGCAGCAAUUUUUACCAGGACAUUGUAGGGUUCCAACAUCUUUUACGUCUGUCAUUAUUUAUUUUUGAUUUUAUAGGAGUUCCUUAUAUACCUCCCUUGAUCUUUUCUCUGAACUUAAAUUUCAAAUACUGAGAGUAUGAUGACAGAGUGCGUAUAGCUAGCGCAUGCGCAGAAUAUCGACCUAAAAUGCUGAGCGCAGCACACCAAAGCAGCCAGGAUCGAGACAAGACUGAAGACCAGAGAAAGACAGAGAGAGAUCGAUCGCAAGGCUUUUCCCGCCGAUGAAAGUGUGAGGGAUAGUCGACCCUUGCUACCUCUUUGUGUUUGUUUCAUUGUGGAGUGUUAGUAAGCUGUGGCGCGCGCACAGGCUGGAAAGGGCGUGGUCGAGCGAGAGAGAUGGCGUGUGGGAGCGAGUGCAGUAGCACAGCGUUGUUCGACCAAGGCUUUCGCAAAUUGGGUGAGAAGGAUUUGAAGGUAGUGUAUCAAGCUCUUCAUCCCAUUGCCGCAAAAUAUGUAUUUCUUGGCAUACAAAUUGACUUAGAGAUGAAUGAAAUUAGAAGUAUCAAGAUGCAGUGUGGUACUGAUCCUAAAGAAUGCCUGCUUCAUGUUUUAUCACUUCGUUUAAAGCAGAGUCCAGCCCUCACAUGGGGAGAUAUUGAAACAGCACUCAGGUCAGAAGCUUUAGGUGAGCAUGAGCAAGCUAAUAGAGUAAAGAGAGAGUAUGGCCACCUGUACUAUAGGCUUGAUCCCAGCCUUCAGGUUACCUCAGACCAACAGCAUGGAGCAACAGAGAAGAAAAGAGUUGCAAGAAGCCAUGAUUUUUGUACAAAAGUAAGUGACGAACAGACGGAGAGUGUAACGGGUGAGGUAAGUGAAACAGAAAGCCACACGAACCCAUUAAGGGUACAGGGUGAAAAUGAUAGUGAAAAAAUGGCUGAACAAGAAACAGAGAAAUCUUCAGAAGGUUUGUCAAAUGUAGACCCAGAUAAAGCUGACACCUGCGGUUCUUCAAAAUUUAAGGAAAGUGGUGAACACAAUAUUUUUGAGCGGUUCUUUGGCCAACUCUGUUAUGAAGUAUCCAAUCCAGUGAAAACUGCAGCUCAGCUUCAGAAGAAAGGUCUUAUAUCCAAGACAGUAAUAAAAGACAUGCUAAUGUCUCCCGAAUCUCAACAAGCAAAGACUAUUAGUUUAGUUGAUGCAGUCGAUGAGACAAUAAAGUCAAAACCUGACCUUCUUUUUGUGUUCAUUGAAGUACUACUGGAGGAUGAAGACCUUCAAAGAGUAGGCAGAGAAAUGUCGAGAGAAACAGGUAUACUUCAUCCUGACAGAACCCAUGCGAGAUUACCCAACAUUCCCCUUCCAACUACAGAUGGCACAGGAAGAGGCACCAAAGAAACAAUGCCAACCACAGCUGGGAAUACUGUUCCACAACUUGGGAUUCCUUCACCACUGUUAGGUGAUGGUAUAUCACCAUCAAGUCAGUCU